AUGUCAGACCCAAUGGAAAGAUACCAAAAUCUUGGUUACAAAGAUGCUUUAACAAGAGCCCACCAUUACCCAAUAGCUUGUAAAGAACUAAGCUUGAUUCUACGAGAAGCUUAUAACAAACUACCCAAGAAUCUUCAAUCUCUCAUCUUUCAAGACACUCUUUCAGCCUUCAAACUCCUUCCUCAAAUGUGGACAAACAAUGCUGUUUCGGCAGUGCAUCUCCUAAUUCAGAGUGCUGACGCUACAUUGCCGAAGCAGAAGAAGAAUGUUGCUAUGAAAGAAUUCAAACAUGCAAUGGUUGCUUCUAAGAGGCGUGGUAAAGUGCGUUGGGUGGAAGAAUGUUAUAUCGAGUUGCCACAGGAUGUUCUUGUAGACAUCUUCAGCUUCCUUGACACGCGAUCAUUGGUUUCUGCCUCACUAGUCUCUCGGUCGUGGAACGCUGCAGCUAGUAAUAAUCAUCUGUGGCAAUCUCUAUAUGCCACAAUUUUUGCAAGUGACCAUAAUUCUUCGAAGGUCACAGGGUGUCUGAAUGGCAGGCAAGGUGAGGAUAAUAAGGAUAACAGCGGUGUUGAUUGGAGAGAGGCGUUUAAAAGAGCAUACAUAGACAAUUCAUCGAAGAGACUAACAACUAGUAGAGGCUACUGUCUUUACUGCAAUACGAUAGUGUGGCUAGAUGGCAUGAAAUGCAGUAGCGGAAAAUGUGGACCACAACCUAAAAUCCAGCCUGUUGUUCCCAAAUCAUCUGAGCAGGUUGUUGGUUACCUAUUAGAUGGAUCUUCAUCUGUGGUGUCUUCAGACAGUGAUAGUGAUUUAGAUGAUUGCUUUGACGAAUGGUACAUUCCCAAGUUAUGGGCCCACCCACUAAACCAGUACAGGCCAGGAUAA